AAUAACAGAAGAAGUCACGCCAUUUGAUCAGAGACUACGAAGAUGUCCCGUGAUGAGAAAGCGUUAAAUUUGUACAUUUUUUUAAUGGACUUCUGCACCAGAAGAGUUAUGACAAGUUUGCUGCAUGGUCACUUUGCUGCAGUUUUUGUCGUUAGAAGCUGUUACUGCAUGAAAAUGGUUUUAACACAGCAGUGAAGAGUUGCUGCGCUGCACAGCAGAAACCAGAGAUCAACAGAAUCAGUCUGUUUCUGUGUGAAAUCAUAAAAAUGUAUUGUGGAUUAACUGGAUUAAAGCAGCACUGAAGUCAUACAUGGACUCGGAGAACCGGGCUGCUGGAGUCGUUUCUGUCUGUGUGAAUGGACAGACAGACUUUUAAAAGCCGAGGAUGAGUCGUUGUGUUGAAACAGGACCACAGACUGUUGCAAACACAGCCUGUUUCCACCGAGUCUUCUUCAGUUCAGCGUCCCCUGCUCGACUUCCUGUGUGAAAUCUACACGUCGCCCUGUAGGACUUGACUGAGCGACAGCAGAGACACGCUCGUUAUCUCCGGUCAUGUCCAGGUCCAGUCGGCGAUACAAACCUCUGCAGCAGAACAACGGCGGCGGCUCUCUCCCCGGCUGUGACCGGGUGCGGAUGCCCCGGGCCCGGGUGCUGCUGCUCUGUCUCCUCGGGGUUCUGGUGCUGGCGGUGGUGCUGGGAGUCUACCUGUCCAACGACUCCACCAGCGGACACGUGAACCGCAUGCCAGCUGCAGAUAUCACCAAAGAUAGGUUGUCUCACAAACCCAGUAAGUGCUCCCCAGCUCAAAUCCGCCGUCUGGCCUCUCAGGUGGACGGGACUCGUCUGUGGGAGACUCACCUGAGGCCCAUCCUGAUACAGAGGCUCCCGGGGACGCAGGGCAGUCUGGUCGUACAGCAGCACAUCACCUCCACCCUGUCCUCGCUGUCUGCUGGCUGGUCCAUAGACCUGGACUCCUUCCAGUCUCCGACCCCUCGAGGCCAGGUCACCUUCACCAACAUCGUUGCCACUCUGGACCCUUCAGCCCCUCGGAGGCUGCUCCUGGCCUGCCACUAUGACUCCAAGGUCCUGCCUCCAGACCCCCGGGCCCCAGAGAGGGUGUUUCUGGGGGCCAGUGACUCUGCCGUGCCCUGUGCUAUGAUCCUGGAGCUUGCUACAUCUCUGGACGCUCAGCUUAGAUCAUUCAAACAGCAGAGACUUCCGGUCUCCCUCCAGCUCGUGUUUUUCGACGGCGAGGAGUCGUUUGAAGAGUGGACCGCCACCGACUCGCUGUACGGCUCUCGUCACCUGGCUGAGCGCAUGGCCAACACGCCUCACCCCGCAGACUCCUCACACACCACUGCGCUCCAGGCCGUGGACCUCUUUGUGUUGCUGGACCUGCUUGGCGGCCCCGAUCCUCUGAUUGCGAAUCACUUCGACAACACAGCGCGCUGGUUUGACCGUCUGAUUGCCGCAGAGAAGAGACUCCAUCGACAGGGUCUGUUGACGUCUCACCCCUCAGAGCAGACGUAUUUCAGGAAGGAUGUGUAUCUCGGACCCGUCCAGGACGACCACAUCCCCUUCCUUCACAAAGGUGUCCCUGUGCUUCAUGUCAUUGCCACUCCCUUCCCACAGUUCUGGCACACGUUGGACGACACAGAGGAGAACAUGCACCGGCCCACUGUAGAGAACCUGACCAAGAUCAUGGCCGUGUUUCUGGCUGAGUACCUGGGCUUCUAAACAUAUGAAAACACUGACAGUGUGUGUAUUUGUACUGAAGGUCCACAUUUUACUCUGGACUGGAGUACGAGUGCUGUUUAUCACACUGGUUAUGAAUAAAUAACCACAUGCACAAAAAGAGACCCCAGAAAAAUGAACUAAACUAAACUGGGAUACCAGCUGAACUUUACCAAAAACUGAACUAUCCAGUCUCCUUGGUUUCAUGUAAUGGGUGAGUUGAAGACAUGUCCAAAUGUCUGGGCAUGUGAAGUGGAUACAGAGUCUUAAAUAAUAUUGUAAUGGCACACAAGCAUGGUACCUGCUGUGCAGCUGGGAAAUGUGUCUGUGUCUUUAAAAGCACUCUGAAUUAAUUUUUUUGCUUCAUUCCUGUGAAACAAAAAACAAAGCAAUUAUCGCCUUAUCCGUUAUUUACCCUGUUAAUAUGAUUGUGAUGCAAUAAUGUCUUCUUAAAGACAGACGUCACAAUAGGUUGAGCUUUCUGAGCUGCUGUGAACACUGUUCAUACAGUGACAGUGAUCAGUGACAGCGAGGUCAUAUCUGUGAAUAAUUCCCUUCACUUUACCUUCACUUGAGUGAAGAUCCUCUUGGCCUUACAACCUGUUGUUGUUAAUUGUUAGAUAUACUGUGUGGCUGUUCUGCACAUUUUGCUCUUUUAUGCCACGUGAAAGGUGUAGAGAAAAGUCUGCAAUAAAGAUGGUUUAAAAUGGUUUAUUAGGUUUCUCUCAGAAUGUGAUGCAGCUUUGGGAAGUCUAAAACACGGGAAAACACUGUUACUAGAAGAAUCCUGUAGCUUCUUGAUACAGUGCAUUUAUCAGCAUUGUUCCAUCUUAUCUUCCCUUUUAACGAGUUGAAGAAUCUGAUGUUAGAAAUGUCUUGGUAUCAUGUAGGAACAUAGUGGUGAAGGAUGAGUGUAGAGAUCUGCCAGAUGGCUUUAUAGCACACCUGUGAACUGGUAAACUGAACUUAAUCCAGCCAUAUGAUGCUUAAUUUUAAUGUCUGUCUUGUAUUGUGUUCUAUAUAUGUUUACGCCAAGGUAAAAUGUCUGCUGAGUCAUGUUUUGGUAAUAAAACUUUACUUGGGAAA